GCGAUACAAGACUGAUAAUGAAUCACAAUUUAUCGAUUUUCGGAAGGAUGGCGAUCAUUGUUUGGGAAUUUUUACAGUGCUGUCGACAUAAUGGAGAAUACAUACAUGCUAUUAUUGCUCGUAUUAUUAAUCUAUUUCGGUGUAUUUAAUUGUGUCUACAUAUUUGAGAUAGUUUUCGCGUUGACUGGUAAAAGCAAAUCUGAUUCUGUGGGAAUAUAUUAUUACAUUGGUUCCUACGUAAAUACGCUUGCACAAAUGACUCUUUACUGCGUCGCAGGACAACUUUUGACAACUCAAUCUGAAGGUAUGUUCGACGCUGCUUACGGAUGCAACUGGACAAACCUGGAACCAAACGAAGCGAAAAAUUUAGUUUUGAUUAUGCUGAGAGCUAAAAAGACGUUUUACCUAACCGCAGGCAAAUUGUUUCCUAUAAAUAUGCCGACAUUGUGCAACAUAUUAAAAAUUUCCCUCAGCUACAUAUCCUUUUUAUUGACAAGAGUGUAGCAACAACGAUCACCAAUAUUAUCAGAUUUUGAUUAUUAUAGAAGAUCGUGUACGUAGCAUUUGAUAUCAUCAAGAGUAAUUAUUACUUUACUUUUGUUAGUAAUUUAGAAAAGGACGUAAUAUAUUUAAAUAUAUACGUAAAUAUAUUUGAUGUUCUGACGUUCAUUGCAUUAA